AUGAGUCUGGGGGACACGGAGCAACCCUGCUUCGGGUUAGAUCGCCGAAAAAACAGCCCUUGGCCAGAUAAAAUACGCGUCAUUUCCGACAUUAAUGACGAUCGUAAAAAGCGGCCACGAACCGCUUUCUCUGCCUCUCAGAUUAAAGCCUUAGAAACAGAAUUCGAGCGAGGUAAAUACCUAUCAGUCGCCAAGAGAACCGCACUCGCAAAACAGUUACAUUUAACGGAAACGCAGAUCAAAAUUUGGUUCCAAAAUAGACGCACCAAAUGGAAACGGAAAUACACGGCCGAUGUUGAAUCGCUCGCCUCCCAUUACUACGCACAAUUAGGCAUUGGUGGUCUAGCUCGCCCAAUGGUGGUCGGUGACCGUCUCUGGCUCUUUAGCCAAACACCCUCCGGUCCCACACCCUUUCAGUCGAUCAUGUUAAACGGCGGUGUACCAUCGACUCCGAUGUCAGCCACUAUGCGUCCUUACAGCACGAAUUUAGCAUCUACAACAUCCACAGCCAGUGGUUCCGUAACUCCGGCUCUAAUGCCGCCAUUGCCAGUGAUUGAGAGUGCGCGAAACGCUAUAUUAGCGCGAGGGCAACCGCUGAAUUUCGCCUUACCCUACAGUUUAGCAACCGCAGCCGCUGCAAGUGCAAACAACACAGAUAAUAACGCGAACGGACCACCGCAGUUGGCGUCCCCAGCAAAGCACUACAGAGCGCCGGGUGAGUUUGUAGAUCGCUUCUUGGAGUAUAACACCCUUCCAAUGGCUACAGCUUUGGUCAAUGUUAACUCAUACUGCCGCAACGAAAAUUCAUUAACAAAUAACUCUACACAUGACACUUACUUAGCGUUAAAAUAUGGUGCAAUACCACCAGAAGGCGAUACAACGACCUCGAACGGCUUGGCCGAGCUUGAACGAGUCUUUGGGGAUACGAACGCUAACUUCUUGCAGAAGAGAAUCAAUGGUGUCAAUUUUGAGAAAUUGGGCUCGUCACGCAAUCCAAGAAACCACUUGAUGCCCUCAAUAUCGGACUCGGACUGCAGCGAUAUAGACUGUGAACAAAUCGAUGAAAAUGACGACGUUUAACCUUUCUUACAAAAUGUACAUACUUGUAGUUGUUUAUACUUAAGAAUAGAGGACAAUUGUUUUAUUGAAUAUCUUAUGGAAUACUACAGUUAGCUUUAUAAGAACAUAUUCGUACUGUGGCACAAUAAAUUAAUUCAUUACUUUAUCAAAUAAGAGAAGAGCAAUGUUAGCACAUUUAUUCGUGAUAUUUAUGUUAAAAUAUAAUCAAUAUGCAACAUUUAUACAAAUAUUGAACUCUCCAUAGAUUUAAAUUGAAAAAUAUUUAUCCCUAUUAAAAGGUUAAGUGGACUCGUAACUUGAAACGCGGAGCGCAACGAGUUACGAGUUUGGGUAAAUUGAAGCAUCACUAGGUUUGUAUAAAAAAUAUGUCAACUAUCAACUAAAUACAAAUCGUUCAUACACAAAUCACAACAGUUCUUUACUUGGUAAAUAGGAAACGAUACAAAUGCGCAUGUAUUUAACAGAAAAUCUUAUUUUUUAUAUUGGCAAACUUAUUAUCUAUGUACAUAAGUAUAUAUGUAUAUCAUAAAGGUCAAUCACACAAAAUUGAACAAAUAGCAAUGUUUACAUAAGCUAUUUGCUAGAGAGCACAUUAAAUAGAAUUAACUAAUGUAACCGAAUGAUAGAAAAUACUUCCCACAGGAAUUUACAGCGUUUUGCUUACGCUUACAAAAGUCAUAGUGUGUAAAUAGGGUGUUUAUAUUACAUAUCUUCAAUAUCUUUAUGUGUAUAGUUCUAGCUUCAUUAAUAUAUAAAUAAAUACAACAACUUCUAAAUUUACAUUCACGCAGCUAACUUAAUUUAGUUUUUGGUUGCGGCUAUUGGUAAUAAAUUUACAAUAAACUUUCAAUUAUAGAAGUUAAGCCCAUAAAAA